UAUAUAAAGCCGGCUGCUGCUCGGCUUUUCAUCAUAGUCUUCUUCAUUGCUCGCUGUUGAAACGUUCUCUGCGUUUUACUCCAGUCGUAUUUUAAUCAGCAUUUUUAUAUUUUUACGUACCUACUUGCGAUACUUACAUUAUUUUCUCGUUCGCGUUGUUCGAAUUUUUACGUACUAUUUUUCGUAUAAAUACCUACGUACCUAUAUAUUGUGAACAUUUUUUUCGUUUCGUCUUACGAAUUGUACGUUGCUUUUUUGCUGUCGAUUUUUCGUCAAUUUGUGAUAAUAAUUUUCAUUUCAUCGUCGUCGUCAUUAUGCCUGCUGCUCGAGUAACCAUGCAAUUGGAAAACAUUCUCAACACCAACGAUCGUAAUCAAACUGUCGACGUACCAGUUUCAAAGAACAAGCGAUUUUUAGCGAGAAAAAUCCAUAAAUUGAAAAAGAUUUUGAAAAUGAGUUCGAAUCUUUUCCGUAAACAUAAUUCGGUGGCCGCUGCCGAUCUGUCGUUGGAGGAAUGGCAGAACCAUCAGAAUUCCAUCGAAGAACAAAUGCAAAACUACGAAAACGAAUUACUGGAAAAGAAACUAGCUGCCAAACACUAUAUCAAAGGCAGCAACACCAGCACUUUCGAACACGAUCAAAACGUCGCUAAUGAAAAUUGGGAAAAUUGGGACAGUUGUUACUUGUGCGCCCAGGCCCAUACACAAUCAGCAUUUUCGGCUGCUUCGGCCCCGCCGCCGCCGUAUUCGCCAACCGCCAACACCGACUCCAACUCCAACUCCAUCUGUUACGUAUUCAUGCCCGGUCAAGUUGAACCCGUUCCGGUGAAACUUCGCAACGCCAAAAUCCCAGGAGGUGUCAUGUGGAUCGUCUAUCGACCGGAUCUCGACUUAUGCUACAGAGAUAAUCUGUACGAAAUUACUUCCAAUCAAAUCGCUCAGGCUCAACGUCCUAUUCUAGUAUGAUUGUUUUCCACCCUUUUUUUUAUGUAUUAAGUAUCUACAUUGGGCUUUCAAUUUCUUUUUUUUUAUGUCUUAAGUUGAUUUGUAAAAAGAGUGUGAUAUUUUUACGCGUAUUUUCGAUAGAUAGGUACAGCUAUUUUUAUGUACUCUAAUUCGUAAUAUCAGUUAUAUAUAUACGAUCUUUACAAUUUUACUUUGUCUUUCUUCAAUCUCGUUUGAUUUUUUUAAGAAUGAUUAUUCCGCACUCGUUCUUCGAGUACCUAAUUCAUUCGCCAUUCUUUUCUUAUUGUUUUAUUUUUUAAACUAAUUUUCUAUUUAAAUGAUCUCUCGUUAUUAGUGAUGUAUUUUUUAAGAUAAGAAUUAGCGUCAUUUAGCUUAAGUAUGAUUGUUGUUUCUCAUAUUAAUGAUAAAGUAAUCUCAUUUCUUAUGAUACUCGUGUAUCUGUAUACUCGUAGAUAUAUACUCUUUCGAUUCGUGAAGCGAAUUCGCGGCUAAAAAGUCAACAAUUAGUCGCCCAACUGUGGUUUCAAGUUUUGUAAUUGUAAUGACCACUGUAUGUGAUAUUUUUUAUUAUUUUGCGAAUUGUUUCAAAUAAAUUUUCUACGACUUAUCA